UAGGAAUAAUAAAAUGUGUUAUGGAUCAUGUAGAUUAUCUCUAGAUCAUAGCAUUAAAAGCACAAAAGUCGCGUAGUGCUCGAAAGUAUGUACUCGUUUUCCCCUUGCAAACAGAGUAGAUAAAUAUAGUAGAUGACCUUCAGAUAGUCUGCGGCGACGGGACUGAAACGUACAGAGCCCGCCAUAUGGGGAUUCAAAACAACUUCCGAGCUAAGGCCAAAACAAACAAAACACAAGAAAAUCUCUAACAAGUGUCAACAACUGGCAAAAGAGAAAAAGAUGGUAAGAGAGAAAGCUUUAAUGGACGCUUGAGAGAGUGCUUUUGGGAGACUAUAAUCGAGCUUUGGCUGCCAUAGAGCCAACUUGAAGGCAUGCUCAGGAAUCAGUUCAGUCGACGUUUAGAUUCCUGGCCAGAAACCACCCGAGCGCUAAAAAGUCGCGACACGCGCUAAAAAGAAAGCUGGAAAAUCGCCAGCAGCCACAAACAAACUACAAUAGUUUUUCCUCAGCCUAGGAAAACUAGUGAAAAGGAUCGGGACACUAUGAACUUAAGCGGCCGUUGGAAAUGAUAGUAUGACGCGUGACGGCGAAAUUCCAGCCAUCUUCAAUCCAAAACGCGUGCGAACUCCCUCCGUUGUGGUCACCGGCGACUCCUCGUCGAAUGGACCGUACAAUAACAAUAAUAGCGGCGGCGUGGGAGGCGGUGCCAGUGGUAGCGGCAUUACCGCCGUCUCCAGCUGUGGCUUCAGUAAUGUGCUCAACUCCAGCAAUCCGCAAAUAACCCACCAAGAUUCAAUAUCAUCGAGCCAACAAGAUCCGAAUGAGGUCAUUACCAUACAGGCGGACACACCCACUGGUACACACGGGUCACAGCUUAAUUUUGGAGGCGAGUCCAACGACACACAGACUGGACAACUGGCAAUAGAUCAGCAGGCCAAUGGGCAACCUGGCGAGGAUGCGGAGGUCCGUUUUCGCAAACUCAAGGCCUGCAAAGAGUCCUGCUGCUCCGAGCUGGCCAAGAAGAUGUACUUUGGCGUGUGCGUCACCAUUCUAGUGACUGCCUCAUGGGUGGGCGCUACACACUGCAUCAAGUACAUGUAUUUGUAUCGUGCUCCAUAUGACGAUGAGCUGGACGAUGAUCUAGAUACCUCAUCGAGUCGCGCUGAGCUCAGCACCGAGUUGGAGGAUAUACUGGCCAUAAGCGACUCAUCGCUGCACCAUGUCGAGGACGCCACCGAGAUGUUCAACAUACCACCGCGCCAGCCCGUCUACUUUAAUGCGCCAUUCUUUGCGGCCUGGUUCUUUACCAAUUUCUCCCUACUCUUCUUUCCCAUCUAUAUACUAGGCCUCAUCUCGGCUCGCAAGUGCGACAAACUAAGCGAAAUACUCGCUGAUGUGAUACGAGGAUUUCGGGAGAGAGGCUUCACCAUUGGCCGUUUCCUCAAUCGCUGUCUGUCCUUUUGCAUCCUGUGGCUGGUGACCACCUAUCUGUACACCCUGUCGCUGCACGUCCUCUUUGCCACGGAUGCAUUGGCACUCUUUGCCACAAAUGUUGCCUGUGUCUAUUUACUCUCUUGGGUCAUACUGCAUGAGCAGUUCGUUGGCGUCAGGAUUGUGGCUGUUAUCCUGUGCGACACAGGCAUUGCGCUGCUUGCCUAUAUGGACGGCAUUACGGAGAGUCGCACGUUAGGCGGCGUCGUGCUGGCCACGUUAGCUGCAGCCGGCUAUGCCGUGUUUAGAGUUAUGUUCCGCAAGGUGAUGGGCGAUCCGCCGGUGGCACAAAUCGCAUUCACAUUCACCGCUCUGGGGUUGCUCAAUGCUUUGCUGCUGUGGCCCGUUGUGCUGGCACUGUACCUGACAGGCGCCGAGAAUCUGACAUCAGAAAGCAUACCAUGGAACAUGCUGCUUGUAGCAAGCGUCCUGCUCCUGGUUUUCCACGUACUCAUGCAGUUCAGUGCCGCCGUUACCUACAACAUGUUUGUGACAUUGGGUUUGAUAACCGCUGUGCCCGUUUCUGGUGCACUCGACGUCAUACUGUACAGUGCGACAUUUGCGGGCAUGAAACUCGCCGGCGUUAUUCUUAUAGCCAUUGGCUUUUUCCUCGUCAUGUUCCCCGAAAACUGGCCCGACUACAUAACGCGUCUGCUGCGAAAGAGCGUUCGUGCCAUACUCCGAUACCAAUGUUGUUGUGAAUUAGCUGAAAUUCGCUAUGCUCAUUCGAAGCAUCAUAAUGCUGGGUCACAAUGCGAGAUGGGGUCGCGGCCCUCGGAGCGGUACUUCAACAGGUCAGCAUCCCACCAUUAUCGAUUAUCGGACGGGAUACAUAAGGUCCCAUCUUCGUUCACCCUCUGGCCGUGUGAGAUGACUGACCUAUCGCCAACUACAGCUGGGUUUCUGCAUGGCAGCACCAACGCACACCACCACCAGCAACUUUUACAACAACAACACCACCGUCACCACCAACAACAGCAGCAGCAUAAUCUGCAACGCCAGCACUCGCACACAUCGCUUACCAUGAUCCACCGGCAGAGCAGCAGCCACAGCGUCCAUGGCAGUCGUCGCGGUAGCGGUGGCAUUCGUGCCCCACCUACCGGCACCGGGCGCUUAUUCUCAUACUUUGGCAAUGAGCAUGAGCACGAGCAUGAUCGCAAAAAAUCAGAGACUUCAUUCUUCAAUUUGGGAUUCCGACGCAAGUCUACGGUGGUGUAUUACGCACCUACAGAAUAACCACUGGGCCAAUGAUUAGCCCUUGUGGUGCAGUUUAGCUGUUGCAUAUCAAGUCCCGCAAGCAUAUGAAAUAAGUGCAUCAUACAGUUAACACGCGUUUACAACAUCAAUCAAGCACUUCGGACUUAUUUGGGGCGUAUGUACCACUAUCGUAUCGUAAAAAAGUCCAUGCGAAAGCCCAUGCACACUUAAACAAAAAACAGAGCCACAGCCAGAAACAACCAGAACCAGAACCAGCACGAACAGAAGAGAGCCCAUUAUAUAACUGAGCUCAAAUUUGCCCCUGAAAUUAACUAAGUACUUACUGAUAUACAUGAAAGAGAAAACAAAGAAUCAGAUAAUCGAGAAGAAUUGAAUGAUAUAUCGAAGCCAAUUGUUUUUAGCAAUUAUAUAGUACAUAAAGGUAUAUUAAUAAAUAUUAUUAUUAAAAAUUUUAAAGUAAACCCACACUGCGGCACACCUCGAUAGGGAUACCAAAUACCAAACUCAUUGUUGCAAAAUCCGGUAUAUUAGUUAGUCUAAGGUAUGUUGUUUAUAGAGAUCACGUUAACUUUAGAGACACAUAGAGAAAUGAAUAAAUGGCCCGUUUAGUUGUAAGCUCAUUUUAGCAACUAAAAACGCAGACGAGAAAUCCAAAGAUUAUUCCUAUUUGGUUCGUGGGUUUUGUUAAAGUGUGUUUUUAUUUGAAAGGAAACCGAAACGGAUAUUAAAGUAUUUGUGAUUCUUUUUGUAAUGAUCGUGUGUUGUUUGUUAUUUAGCUAAUUGUUGUCUAUUGUUGCAUUGCAAAUUGAAUGAUCGAAAGCGAUCUUUUUAAAUGUUAGUUGCUGGGGAUUGUCUGAUUGACUCCUAAUGCAUCCUCACAAGCAUUCAACGACUGAGUUGCAUUCGCUUCCUCGCUCGUGGUGACAGACAAGGAGCUCAAAUUAGAGCAUACAAUUUAGCAGCUGCCUACUAUGUAAAUGUAUUAAAAUGUGUAUCCACAUCCAAUAAUUGUUUGUGAUAAUUUUUAAUGAUGUUUGAUAACCAAUUUCAUGAAGCUACUCCUACCCAAAAUGGAGGCAGCAUUUAAUGUAGCCGGGAACUGUAAUUAGAAAUCACAAUGUACUAAUAAAAAGAAAACACUAC